GGUGGUGCUGAUUGGCUGAGCCUGAAGUCGCCGCGGCCGCGGGGCAACAGGCAGGAGACCCACGAGCCGAGGCCUCCUGCAGUGUUCCGCACAGCCAACCGCAAGCCAUGGCUGAGAGCCGGGAUCCCGCCAGCGACCAGAUGAAGCACUGGAAGGAGCAGCGGGCCGCGCAGAAUGCUGAUGUCCUGACCACUGGAGCUGGUAACCCAGUAGGAGACAAACUUAAUGUUAUCACAGUAGGGCCCCGUGGGCCCCUUCUUGUUCAGGAUGUGGUUUUCACUGAUGAAAUGGCUCAUUUUGACCGAGAGAGAAUUCCUGAGAGAGUCGUGCAUGCUAAAGGAGCAGGGGCCUUUGGCUACUUUGAGGUCACACAUGACAUUACCAAAUACUCCAAGGCAAAGGUAUUUGAGCAUAUUGGAAAGAAGACUCCCAUUGCAGUUCGGUUCUCCACUGUUGCUGGAGAAUUGGGUUCAGCUGACACAGUUCGGGACCCUCGUGGGUUUGCAGUUAAAUUUUACACAGAAGAUGGUAACUGGGAUCUCGUUGGAAAUAACACCCCCAUUUUCUUCAUCAGGGAUCCCAUAUUGUUUCCAUCUUUUAUCCACAGCCAAAAGAGAAAUCCUCAGACGCAUCUGAAGGAUCCAGACAUGGUCUGGGACUUCUGGAGCCUGCGUCCUGAGUCCCUACAUCAGGUUUCUUUCUUGUUCAGUGAUCGGGGGAUUCCAGAUGGACAUCGCCACAUGAAUGGAUAUGGAUCACAUACUUUCAAGCUGGUUAAUGCAAAUGGAGAGGCGGUUUAUUGCAAAUUCCAUUAUAAGACUGACCAGGGCAUCAAAAACCUUUCUGUUGGAGAUGCGGCAAGACUUUCCCAGGAAGAUCCUGACUAUGGCAUCCGGGAUCUUUUUAACGCCAUUGCCACAGGAAAUUACCCCUCCUGGACUUUUUACAUCCAGGUCAUGACUUUUAAUCAGGCAGAAACUUUUCCAUUUAAUCCAUUUGAUCUCACCAAGGUUUGGCCUCACAAGGACUACCCUCUCAUCCCAGUUGGUAAACUGGUCUUAAACCGGAAUCCAGUUAAUUACUUUGCUGAGGUUGAACAGAUAGCCUUUGACCCAAGCAACAUGCCCCCUGGCAUUGAGGCCAGUCCUGACAAAAUGCUUCAGGGCCGCCUUUUUUCCUAUCCUGACACUCACCGCCAUCGCCUGGGACCCAAUUAUCUUCAUAUACCUGUGAACUGUCCCUACCGUGCUCGAGUGGCCAACUACCAGCGUGACGGCCCCAUGUGCAUGCAGGACAAUCAGGGUGGUGCUCCAAAUUACUACCCCAACAGCUUUGGUGCUCCGGAACAACAGCCUUCUGCCCUGGAGCACAGCACCCAAUAUUCUGGAGAAGCGCGGAGAUUCAACACUGCCGAUGAUGAUAACGUUACUCAGGUGCGGGCAUUCUAUGUGAACGUGCUGAAUGAGGAACAGAGGAAACGUCUGUGUGAGAACAUUGCCGGCCACCUGAAAGAUGCACAAAUUUUCAUCCAGAAGAAAGCGGUCAAGAACUUCACUGAGGUCCACCCUGACUACGGGAGCCGCAUUGAGGCUCUUCUGGACAAGUACAAUGCUGAGAAGCCUAAGAAUGCGAUUCACACCUUUGUGCAGUCCGGAUCUCACUUGGCUGCAAGGGAGAAGGCAAAUCUGUGAGGCCGGGGCCCCGCGCUUGUGCAGCGAAGCUUAGCGUUCACCCGUGUAACCCGCUCAUCACUGGGUGAAGAUUCUCCUGUGCUAGAUGCGCAAAUGCAAGCUAGUGGCUUCAAAAUAGAGAAUCCUGCUUUCUGUAACAGAUCGUGUAACAAUUUUAAUGCUGUUUCCCCAGGGGUAAAUGAAGGUUAGGAUUUAACAGUCAUUUUUUAAAAAAAAUUUGUUUGGACGAUGAUUGGAUUAUUCAUUUAAAAUGAUUAGAAGGAAAGUUGCUAGCUAGAAAUAUGAUUUUAUUUGAUAUACUUGGUUGAAAUUAUGUAUGUUUACAUAUCACCUCAUGGCCUAUUAUAUUAAAAUAUAGCUAUAAAUAUAUAAAAAGAAAAGAUAAAGAUGAUCCACUCAGAAAUUUUUAUUUUUCUAAGGUUCUCAUAGGAAAAGCACAUUUAAUACACCAGUGUCGUCAGAAAAUAACUUGAGCACCAUCAUGGCUUAAUGUUUAUUCCUGAUAAUAAUUGAUCAAAUUCAUUUUUUUUCACUUUUUCAGCACUGAUUUCACAACAGAUCAGUUUGUAAUUGCUUACAUUUUUACAAUAAAUAAUCUGUACCUAAGAA